GUAGGUUAGAAAAUACACUAUACUUUCAGUACUAUUGUCAAACAUUCCAAAAAUGUAUAAAUUUUUGUGGGGGUUGCGUUUUUUUUGUGAUGGAAUGAAGUGUAAUGAACAUCCACAAGAUUCUACAUGUAAGGCUAGCUGUAGGCCACUAGAAAUGUCUAACGAAGAUGAAACGGAUGACGGAGACGAAAAUAAAUCAGGUUUAAAUUUACUUUUCAGUGUACCAAGAAUAUCAACACCAAGGCAAAAUUUUGAUAAUGUCACUUUUGCUAAUGUGGUGGCUUCUUCGGGGUCCAUGAUAGUGGUGUCCAACCGUCUGCCGUUCGUCCUUCAAAGAGAUAAAGAUGGAAAACUUGUAAGGAAAGCAAGUGCCGGUGGUUUGGUAACAGCAGUAGCACCAGUAGUCAUAAAUGGUGGAGGUUUGUGGGUGGGAUGGCCUGGUAUACAUUUAGAUGAUCCCAAUGAGCCAAUCCCGGAAUCUGAUCCUAGUGAUAUAACCCCGACAGCUGGACUGAAAUCAGAAAAAGUGGUCGCAGUGCAAAUUGACAAACAGGUUUUCGACUCGUACUACAAUGGUUGUUGCAAUGCUACGUUCUGGCCCUUGUUCCAUUCCAUGCCGGAUAGAGCAUCGUUUAAAGGCGAACACUGGAAAUCUUACGUGAAAGCAAACAAAGAAUUCGCCGAGUGUACGCUUAAAGCUUUAAAAUCAUUACCCAGAAAUUCUAGUGAUAUUCCGUUGAUAUGGAUCCAUGACUACCAUCUUAUGUUAGCAGCUAACUGGAUAAGACAGGCAGCCGACGAACAAGAAAUCAAAUGCAAACUCGGCUUCUUCCUACACAUUCCCUUCCCACCAUGGGACAUUUACAGGCUAUUCCCGUGGGCCGAUGAAAUCCUCCAAGGAAUGCUUGGCUGUGAUCUCGUUGGUUUCCACAUAUCCGAUUACUGUCUAAAUUUCGUCGAUUGUUGUCAAAGAAGCCUCGGUUGUCGUGUGGACAGAAAAAACCUCCUCGUCGAACAUGGUGGCCGAACAGUCAGAGUCAGACCACUUCCCAUCGGAAUUCCAUUCGAAAGAUUCGUAGAACUGGCAGAAAAAGCCCCUAGAGUCAUCUCUACAAGUCAAAAAAUCAUACUCGGAGUAGACAGGUUAGAUUACACCAAAGGAUUGGUUCAUAGAUUGAAGUCGUUUGAAAAACUGCUCGAGAAUCAUCCUGAACAUAAAGAAAAAGUGUCUAUGCUGCAGAUUUCUGUACCCUCAAGAACCGAUGUUAAAGAAUACCAAGAUUUGAAAGAAGAAAUGGAUCAGUUAGUUGGAAGGAUCAACGGAAGAUUUACAACAGCAAAUUGGUCUCCUAUUAGAUACAUCUUCGGUUGCGUAAGCCAAGAUGAACUAGCAGCGUUUUACAGAGACUCAGCAGUAGGUUUAGUAACUCCCUUAAGAGACGGUAUGAACCUCGUAGCCAAAGAAUUCGUAGCCUGUCAAAUAAACAUCCCCCCAGGAGUCUUGAUAGUCUCACCUUUUGCCGGUGCUGGUGAAACAAUGCACGAAGCCCUAAUUUCGAAUCCCUAUGAAAUAGACGAGGCUUCCGAGGUUAUCCAUAGAGCUCUUACGAUGCCUGAAGAUGAGAGGAUAUUAAGAAUGAAUUAUUUGAGACGAAGAGAAAAGUUGAACGAUGUCAAUUAUUGGACGAAGUCCUUUUUGUCUGCGAUGGGUUCGUUGAUGUCGCAAGAAGAAUACGACGAUGUGGGAUCGAUUACUAUGCCUGCUGUUACUUUAGAAGACUUCGAUGAGUAUUUAUCAAAAUAUAUUGGAAACACGCACAAACUAGCCCUUCUUCUAGAUUACGAUGGUACAUUAGCUCCUAUUGCGCCGCAUCCAGAUCUCGCAAUUAUUCCCGCCGAAACCAAAAACGUUUUACAAAGACUAUCCCGAGUGUCAGAUUGUUACAUAUCUAUUGUUAGUGGGCGACCUGUUAAUAAUGUCAAAGAUAUGGUGGGAAUAGAAGGUAUCACAUACGCUGGAAAUCAUGGAUUGGAAAUUCUACAUCCAGAUGGCACGAGAUUCGUUCAUCCCAUGCCGACGGAGUUUCACGAUACAGUGGGUACUUUAAUGAAACAAUUGCAAGAAAAAGUGUGCAGAGACGGAGCUUGGGUAGAAAAUAAGGGGGCUAUGUUGACGUUUCAUUUCAGAGAAACGCCAGUAAACUUAAGACCAUCAUUAGAAAAAGAAGCCAAAGCUCUGAUAGAAGCAACCGGUUUCAUUGCCGAUACGUCACAUUUAGCCAUAGAAGCCAGACCUCCAGUCCAGUGGAAUAAAGGUAGAGCCUCUAUUUACAUUCUAAGAACUGCCUUCGGCGUAGAUUGGAGCGAAAGGAUAAGAAUCAUAUAUGUUGGUGACGAUCAAACUGACGAAGAUGCUAUGCAGGCUCUGAAAGGUAUGGCGGCGACAUUCAGAGUAACCACCUCCCAAAUAACCAAAACCUCCGCAGAACGUCGACUACCAUCAACCGAUGCCGUGUUAACGAUGUUGAAAUGGGUAGAGCGACAUCUAGGCAGGAGGAAACCGAGUUUAGAUCCAAGUCCGCUAAGAAGAGGAUCCGCUCAAGUUAUGCAUAACAUACAAAUGGAGAUGACCAUGCAAAAUUCGAUUCAUGAUAUGGAAAACAAGUAAACCGAUAUGAUGCCAAAUUAUUGUGAUGUUCUUUGUAUAUAAAUAAGAAAAUUGAUAGAAAGAUUGUUGCGAUUGUUAGGAUUUUUCCCCAGAUCUAGGGAAAUUUGUAGUAUAGGUGUAGUAAGUACGACUAAUGAAUAUUUAGAAAUUUGACAAAAAGGGCAAUACCGUUUGUACAGAUCGACAGAAGCGAUGUUGUCAUUUUGUAAAGUUUCUGGUUAAUUAUCGGCCGUACUUAUCAUUGAUUCAUGAAGAUCUACUUUACAAAUUUCCCUAAAUCUGGGAAAAAAUAGAUGAAAGUGUCUUUGUUACUAAGCGAUAUGUUCAAAAUGCGAUGGUUUUCUUAGAUUAAAUGUAAAAAAAAUCUGUUUAAUUCGUUAGAUUUUAAGUAAGUUCCUAGACCUGAAAAUCCUCCAAUUUUGUGCAUACAAAAUUUUGAUAUACAAACAAAUUUGACGUAACAAUUAACUUUUUUUUUAAUUUUUAAUUUUUAUUAUUGUGAUCGUGUAUUUCUGCCUUUUAAAAGGAGUGCUGUUUUUUAUGUCAUACCAAAGUAUCAGCGCACACUGUUAUACAGUAAAUUCGUUGUGAUGGUUUAAAAUUUUUUAUUGCAAAUAUAUUUUUACUCUAGAUAUUAUUUAUUUUGAAUUUUGUUAUAAGAUUUCUUUAUUCAUAAAUCGCCGUUCAUUACACUUUGUUUUUCAAUACUCGUAUACGAAUUAAAUUGGUAAGUAAUUAAGUUCCAUAAAUUAUCGCCCAAAAAAAAUCCAUCUCAGUAGCUUUUUGGUAGAAUCGAGAAAUUACAUCCUGUAAGUGAUAAAAUGUCAAUAGUAGUUAAAACAUGCACAGCAAAUGGACUCAAUAUAAGAAGUUUCCCUAGAAUUUGUCAUAUUCCAUUAGUGAAAUUUUUCCCCAGAUCUGGGGAAAUUUAAGAACUUGGCAAUACCGCACUGAAUGAAACAUUACGUAACUUAGUUACGUUACUUAGCCGAAAAUGGUCUAAAUGACAGAUAUGGUACAUAUAAUUGGUGAUUUCAAUUUUUGGUCCAUUGUCGGUCAUCGAUUAUGUAACUCAGAAAAACAGUGCCCUCUUAGUAGAAUCGGCCAAAUGCGAACAGCACAAAAGGUAUUCAAAGUUUAUAUUAUGGUAGCGAAUUUUUUCCCCAGAUCUGGGGAAAUUUAAGAAAUCUGGCAAAACCCCACCGAAUGAAACAUUACGUGACUUAAUUACAUUAUUUAUCCGAAAAUGGUCUAUCUUAAUGACUGAUUAUUGUACAUUAAAUUGGUUAUUUCCAUUUUUGGUCAAUCAUCGGUCAUCGAUUAUGUAACUCAUAAAAACAGUAACCUCUAAGUAGAAUCGGGCAAAUACGAAGAGCACAGAAUGUCGUAUUAAAAUUUCAUAUUCUGGUAGUGAAUUUUUUCCCCAGAUCUGGGGAAUUUUAAGAAAUCUGGCAAUACCGCAUUAAAUGAAACAUAACGUUACUUAGCCAAAAAUGGACUGUCCAAAUGGCUCAUAUAUUGUACAUACAAUUGGUUAUUUCAGUUUUUAUUCCAACUUCGGUCAUCGAAUGUGUUACUCAGAAAAAACAGUAAUCUCUUAGUAGAAUCGGGUAAAUACGAACAGCACAGAAGAAAAGUAAUUUUCCAGUAAUGGGAUUUUGUCCCCAGAUCUGGGGAAAUUUGAAAAAUCUGGCAAUAUCGCUCUAAAUGGAUUAUUAUUAGUAGAUUAACCUACGAGUGUGGCGAAUUUGGAAAAUUUGUCAACAUAGCACAACGAGACAUGCGAUCACGUGACAGUAGACAUAUACGAAUAGGGCACGCAACAUGUGCAGUAGAUCAACCUGUUUACAGAUAGCAAAAUAUGAUCCUGUGACCUGUAAAAAUCUGUACCGAACGCAUCCCUCAAUUAUUUUUUAUACGAUUAGGUGUUGCCAGAUUUCUGAAAUUUCCCCAGAUUUGGAGAAAAAUCAAUGAAUUUGUAUUCCAGUGUCUG